CCACUAGCUAGCCUUAAGCAAGCCACACACACACUCGCUCAGCCUCAGCUCUCCAGCUGCUGUAUGGGAAUGAUAAUCCCUGAUAGGACUGAUAACUGCAAGGUAAUGCAUGUGAAGUGUUUUGAACCCUUGAAAGUGUGAUGCAGAUGCUAAUUAUGAUUGCUGUUAUUGUGCCACCUUUCAGCACUGUCUCUGCCUUUUCCAAACUGCAUAUUCAUUCUCUCUCUCUCUCUCUCUCUCUCUCUCACACACACACACACACAUCCCUUAGUUAGAUGAGUUGGUCAGCUCAGAUGGGUAUCUCAGAAGAACAUAGGAAGGUGCCUUAUACUGAGUCAGACCUUUGGUCUAUCUAGCUAAGUAUUGUUCACACUGACUGACAGUGGCUCCCCAAGGUUUCAGGUCAGAAUCCUAACCCUGCUUGACCAUAUAGGCAAACUAGGCAGUUGCCUGGGGUGCCAGACUUUAAGGGGCACCAAGUUAGAUAAAAUUGAUUCCCCCCCCCUUUAAUAUUUGAGGUAAAUAAAAAUUGUAGAGGGGACAUUUUGUAGAUCAAUGCACAUACUCUUUUGUAGACCAGUGUACAUAUCUGAAACACUGCAAAAGGCAUAUUUUUGUCGAGCUUUAUUAUACACAGAGAUUAACGCAAGCUCUCAGCUGAGAUGAUGUCAUUGCAUGUGCAGUAACUCAUCAGGAGAGGUUUCAAUAGAUAGGGAGCAACAUCCUCUAUUUUCUCCUGGGUCGUUCUCUCCCUGCUCCAGCUAGCUGCAGGGAGUCUCUUGCACAUGAGAGAGAGCCGGCAAGUUAGCAGGUGGCUGUACAGUGAGAAACCACUGAAGCUGGAUGCCUGCAGAGAGAGAGAGAGAGAGACCCUGCCAGUCAUCUGGCCAUGAGACAAUAGAGCAUGUAACUCUCUAAACUCUCUAACUACUGAAGCUUUUCUUGGUGAGGUACUGUGCAUGCUCUGACAUCAUUUCUGUAUGAGUCAAAGUACAAUACUGAACAUUCAAAUUGUUUGAUUGUGGCAUGAGGAGCAAGGUUUCUGUGAUGUAAGCGACAACAGCACCUUAGGAGAGCCAAUAGUCUCCAGGAGAAUUUCCAUGAUAACCAAUGUGAUGUCACCUCUCAUUGCAGAUAAACAGAAACAGCUGGGAGUGUACAGUCUGUGUGUGUGAGUGACUCAACUGCAGUGUCAUGACUAUCUACUUAUGUAUGUUUUGUUGCAAAACACAAGUAUUUGUUGUGGCAAAAUGAACAAUAAUAACAUCAGUAAGAUCAUUUUUACUUAGUUACCUUAUUAUUACUUGCCUAUUUUCUGCUAAAAUAAUGUGUCGGCCUUAGAAUUCUGGAUUAUCAGAAUCAGGUACUAAGUAUGUCAGCAGCAUAUGUCAGCUUGGGUGUGAAAAGGGUUUUUAAAAAUAUAUAUAUUAAGAAAAAUGAAGUUUAGUCCUAGACAAGACUGUGACACUGGAUGAAGAGGACCACAAUGUGUUAAUUGGUUAUUUCAUUUUGCCAAGAAAGAUCAUUAACAUAUUUCACUUUAUAUGUGAUUUUUAGCAGAAAAUGUCUUCAAGUAUCAACUACUGGUUGUUUUGCCUUUUUUAUUUUUAUAUUGUUCAUUUAGAAUGCCAUGUAAAUACAUGUAAAUUCAUUCUAGACUUCUCAUCUUUAUAUUGAGGGGGCGGGUGGCAAAGUCAUACUUCGUCUAGGACACCCAAAAUCUUUGGGCCAGUCCUGUUUCCCAGCCCUACUUGGACAUGCCAAGGAUUUAGUCUGGGACCUUCAGCAACCAAAGCACUGAACGACAGCCCCAUCUCAUUCAAAUGAACAAGAGAUUCCCACCUAUCCCCUAACAAGGGCCAUCCCUAGGAGUGGCAUUCUCCAUCAGCCACACUCCUCCUUUGCUACCACUCCUCCCUCCCCCCCCCACUGCUUUGUAUCCAACGCAUGCACAGAACUAAGGAGUUCCAUUGCCUCUCCUUGUUUGAGCAAGGAGAGAGGCGACCAAACUUCCCAGGCAAGUUGCGUGGCAAGAUAGAGCCAGGGCAGCAUGAUGGCGGUGGCUGAAGCAGGCGUCUUGGGGACAGCGAGCACCCUCAUGGCAAUCUCCAGCCUCAGGGGCUUAAACACUUCACCCGCACUCAGCCGAGGAAGAGCAUGAGGGCGGUGGAGGAGGGAGGUCAAGGAGAGAGAAGGCAGGAGGCAGGCUGAGGCAGGCUGCUGCUGCUAAGGAAGAGCAGGAGUCAAGGGGAGGGGUGGAAUCAGAGACUAGGAGAUCUAGGACACAGAUGUUCUGUGCCGGGCCAGCUAGUACAUAUAGAUAACGUGAAUUAAGACAACUAAGGGACAACACACAGAAACAGACAACACAUAUACAUGGAAAAUUGCAACUAGCUCUUUUCUUGUUACGACCUCUAGCAUCUAUUAAGCCAUCUAAGUUACUUAUGCACUAAAAAAAACAAAGAGAAAAAAAGAUGGGAAGAAGAAAAGAAAAGGGCUGAGGACAAAAGAGCUGCCCUUCAGGGGAAAAAAAAAGCCCCACACAUGAUAAAGCAAUGCACCAGGAAGGCAUUGGAAUGUCUGCAAAAGACAUCACAAUGGGUGCACUCUCAGCACACACCCCUUUUAAUCAUGUGAUCAGGGGAAGUAUUGUUAAGGUUGUAUGUGUACCUGGAAGCAACUUUAACAGUGUCGAAAUGGCUCUCUGUUGGGGUGUCUUGCCUGGGAGCCCUCAAAAACACAACCAGAGAUAGAUUGAAAGGGUAACUCAAAACAAGAUGUAAAAAAUUAGGAAAGGGUCCCAUGUUGCAGGUUAGAUUUGAAAUGGCCAAGGCAUGUCUCAGUGUAACCAGUCUGGUUUCAUGAAGAGAUGCAGAGUACUGGUUUCUAAAAGUCUGUGUUUAUUAACUUCUGAGAGAGAGAUGUUGGGAAGUGAUCAUGUGUGAGGCUUGCAUCAAGUAGGACAGCUUGUCUUCCAACCUCAUUAAACAUCUGGGUACAGCUGCUGGGUAAGACAGAGCCAUCCUACCCAGUGGGAUCCUUGCAUACAGUCACUUCCCCCACCUCCUACCUUGCUUUUUACUUGCACACAAUUGCAAAAUGAGAGUGCACAAAGCUCCCUUAGGAUAGACAAGAUCAGUACUAUUGAAUAGGAAUAAUUGAAGUUAUUCCUAUUUGGAAACUACAAGAAUUUGUAAUUCUCCAGCCACUAAAUCUUCGUUUUCUAGCAAGAAUACAGCAAAGUCGCUCCCCCCAGUUAAGACGGCUGCAUAAUUUGUGAUCAUCGCUACCAUUAUGGUGCCUCCUCCAGGCUGUGGCAACAUUGACCCUGAUUAUUAUUUCCUCUGCGACGUCUGCACAGCCUGGGGCAUCGGUUUGGAGACACUGGCUGCUGCGGGCAUCCUGACCUCCCUCCUGCUCCUCCUAGCAUUCUGCAUUCUUAGUUGCAUGGUCAAAGACAAGAAUAAGCAAAAUAUGGUCCCCAUCCAGCUCCUCUUCAUCCUGGGCACCCUGGGGAUCUUCAGCCUCACAUUUGCAUUCAUUGUCCGGCUCAAUAAGAGGACCGGUCCCACUCGCUUUGUCUUAUAUGGAGUCCUUUUUGCCCUCUGCUUCUCCUGCCUUCUGACCCAUGCCUUCAACAUCCUCAAGCUGGUGCGAGGAAAAGUCCCCCUUUCACAACAAUCAAUGCUGGUACAUGCUUGUGGCUUCACACUCAUUCAGAUCAUCAUAGCUGUCAAAUACAUAAUCAUCACAGUAGAAAGAGAUGGGAUUGACUUGGUGAGCAUGGGAAGAGCACAACGCAACAAGGACUUUGUCAUGCUCCUGACCUAUGUGCUUGUUCUAAUGAUCCUCACCACCAUGCUCUCCAUGUUCACCACCUGUGGGCCAUACAGAGGCUGGAAGAGGCAUGGGGUGCACAUCCUUAUCACUCUUGCCUUCUCUAUCGCCAUCUGGGCUGCAUGGAUCAGUGUGCUGCUCACAAGUGGCAACCCUGCAAAUGCUACUCAGAGCAAGUGGGAUGACCCUCUCAUGAGUGCUGCUCUAGUGGUGAAUGGGUGGAUUUUCCUGAUGAUGUACUCAGUGCCUGAGAUCUGCUUCCUUACGGUCCCAUGCCAGUCUGGGGACUAUCCUCCAGAAAAGACUCUCCGGAAAUCCACAACCACACCAGAGAGUGUUGAAGCAGAUAAUACUCAAGCCCCAGAUAAAGAAGGAGCUGAGGAAGACGUUUUGCUCCCUUCUGAUAGGAACUGCUUUCAGCCAGAGAAUCUUGAACCCAAACCAUGUUUCUUGAUCCCCCGGGCAACACUACAUCCUGCACUGAAGCCAGACAUGAGGAUGAGCCGUGAGGCCAAGAAAUCAGCCAAAGAUGUACAUUGGGUGAUACUUCAACAUGAGUAA